UCACGAUGCCUUUGCUCAGUUUUACAAUAAGAGAACGUAUGUUGUGUUUAAUAAUUAAUCUUGUUGUAUAGGGAAAUACGAGAAGAAGUUGAGCGCUGCAAACCGCGUGCGAAAGUGAGGUUUUAUCCUUUUAACUUCCACUUUUUGUUGUUUAUUCUAAGUGCUUACAAUGUUGGGCUCUUUGAAUCGGAUGUUUUUCCGCGCUUUAAACCAAACUCAGCUGCUGUUUGCAGUCAGAAACGCACCGUGGAGACACACGAUCCGCUCGUGCAGUUCAGCAACAUUUCAGUUGCUCGAGGACUCUCUUGCGCUCGACUAUGGAGGCACGCGGAUGCAUUUUAACUACGUGUGGCUGCGGGAUCACUGCCGCUCUGCGUCUUCAUUCAACUCCAAAACCAACCAAAGAAACGUGGACACCGGGAGCAUAGACCUCACCAUCCGUCCUGAAAAAACAGCUGUGCAAGAUGGUUAUCUGGUCCUCACGUGGCCCGGAGGUCAUGUGUCAAAGUACAGCUUUAGCUGGCUCGCAGAGAACAGCUUUGAAGGAAAGAAGCAGAGCGUCAUCCAGCCGCGCGUACUGUGGAAUUCAGACAUCUAUAAGAAAGCUAACGUACCGUCUGUCAAAUAUGACACAUUUAUGAGCUCUGAUGAUGAAGUAAAGAAGUUUCUCCAGAACUACAUCCUGUAUGGGAUUGCUUUUGUAGACAAUGUCCCGGUAACAGUUGAAGCUACAGAGGAAGUUACCCAGAGGGUCAGUCUCAUCAGGGAGACUACAUAUGGAAGAAUGUGGUGUUUUACCUCAGAUUUUUCCAGAGGAGACUCUGCUUACAGCCAGCUGGCCCUGGACCGUCACACUGACACCUCCUACUUUCAGGAGCCAUGUGGAAUCCAGGUUUUUCACUGCCUCAAGCAUGAGGGGACGGGGGGAAGGACACUACUUGUGGACGGAUUCUAUGCUGCUGAAAAAUUGCGCCAGCAGUCUCCUGAAAACUUUGAGCUGCUUGCCCGCGUGCCCAUCAGGCACGAGUACAUUGAAAACACUGGCGAACACCAAAACCACAUGACAGGCAUCGGACCUCUGCUCAACGUCUAUCCUUGGAACAAUGAAAUGUACCUCAUCCGAUACAACAACUAUGACAGAUCAGUGAUAAACACAUUACCUCAUGACAUGGUUCAGAGAUGGUAUGCUGCACAUCGAGAGUUGACAACAGAGCUAAGGCGGCCAGAGAACGAGCUGUGGGUGAAACUGACUCCAGGGAAAGUUAUUUUCAUAGACAACUGGCGUGUGAUGCACGGGAGGGAGUCUUUCACCGGCCUGAGGCAGCUCUGUGGAUGCUAUCUGACCAGAGACGACAUCCUCAGCACUGCACGCUGCUUUGGACUACAGGCCUGAUCUUGGACAUGAGGGGCCUUCACUACUGUGCCGAAUCAAUUAGCCUUUAGAUUCAGUUAUUGUUAUUCUACAACGCAGAGUUGCACAACAUGUAAUGAAGUAAUGCCUUAAUAUAUCACAAGAAAAAAAAGAGGGAGAAAUGCUGCAUCUUGUUGAUGGUCCACUAAACAGAGUUUUUAUGUUGUCAUCCUACAAAAAACAACAAAAAAGUGUUUAUAUGAAGAGCCUUUUAGUAUCUGUGUGCUAGGUACCCCAACAGAAUGACAAAAAAUGGGGACGGUUGUAUUGGUAAAAACUUUUCACACUGGAAACUAAGGCUGUAAGUGAUUCAGAGUUAUGCAAGUCGAAUCAGAUUCGGUUGUUCAAGACAAAUUUUUGCAGAUUUUUUUCCAUAUAAAGUUUUACAGUUUGAACAGUACUCAGGGGGCGAUUAGUGUUACAGCGGCAUUCAUGUAACAUAGUAAACAAGCUAAUGUUACUAAUGACAGAUCGCAUAUGCACAUUUUACCAACACUAGAUGUCAAACAAAAGCCUAUCUCUAUCGUAUUAACUUGCUGUGAGCUGCAAAUUUACUAGGUGUUUUCAGUGCUGUUAUGGUGCAGUCUCUCUCUCCCUUUGUGCUGCGUAACGUGAGUUAGACUUAGAGUAACGUAAAGGGAGGGGCACUCACUGGUUCUGUACUGGCACUACUACCAAUGUGAACAAGUCAUGCUUUGUAAUGUUUCCAAUCAGGAUGCUUUUUUUAUUCUUCCUUUGUAAAAAUUAAU